AUGAAAGAACUAGUAUUCGUUUGCUAUUUUAUUGAUCGAGCAAAUUGUGUUGUUUGGCCUGACUUUUCGACAACCUCGUCUUUAUCAAAAGCCUUAAUUGAUCCGAGAUUUUUGAUCUCAUGCAUAUCCUAUCAAACUCCUCCUCUCUCCUUUCCAAAACUCGAUAUUGUACGACGUCCAUCAAGCAAGAACUUCAAACAUGAACAACAAACUGAAUAG